AUGAAAAGGUCAAUUAAGUAGCCUGCUUCUUCCUCCUAUCAAUUUCUCGAUAAGCUAGGUGAAGGUGCUUUCGGUUACAUUUGGAAAGUCAAACACAUUUCAAGCGGUCAAAUAUUUGCUUGUAAGCUUGUCAAAAAUUCUAUGAGGAAGGAAAAAAAAUUACUGCAGAGAGAAAUACAAAUCUUACAAAUCCUUAAGAGCAAGAAAGGAUUUACAUAGUUGUUUGCAUCUGGGUCUGAUUAGCAAAAUACAUACUUUGUUAUGAAUCUGAUGGGAGAAAACUUGGAACAGCGUCGCCAAAAUUAAGGAAAUUUCAAUAAAAUCUUACCUAUUGGAUUGGAGAUCAUCAAACUUUUGAAAGAACUCCAUUCGUUAGGAGUAAUUCAUCGAGAUAUCAAACCAGAGAAUUUUGUUAUGCAAGAUGGUAAAAUCAAUCUGAUUGAUUUUGGACUUUCGAAAAAAUACAUUAUUGAUGGUCAUCAUAUUCAUUACAAAGAGAAUAAAGGAAUGAUAGGGACUGCUAGAUAUGCAUCUAUAAAUGCCUUAAAAGGCAUAGAACAAUCCAGAAGAGACGAUUUAGAAUCCUUGGGAUAUAUGCUCAUAUAUUUGCAUCAAGGCAAUUUACCUUGGUACUCUAUUAGUGAUCAAGAUAAAGAAAUCAGGUACUUAAAAAUCAAAAAAAUGAAAAAAGCUCUAAAAAUAGAUAAAUUUUUUGGUUUGCCAAUUUAAUUAUCAAGUUUUAUGGAAUAUGCAAAAGGGUUAAAGUUUGAUGAAGAUCCCAACUAUGAGUAUUUGAUCUCUCUAUUCUCUCAAGAGGAAAGCGGAACUCGUCUGGCAUUACAAUAUUUUCAGCCAAAACCUGCUAUUAGACUAAAAUUUAUUUAAAUGUAAAGAACGAGUUUUCGUUCUCCUCCUUAGGAAAUUAAUUCAAGCAGAAAAGCUAGCUUUGAAGAAUCUUCUUCAGCUGGGUCUGACAUUCAAGAAGAACUUAAAGAAUCCAUAAAAUUAAAAAAUUUUAUUGUUGGAAUAAAACAACCAGCUGACAGUCCAAUCUAUGUGCAAUAGAAGUGA